CCUCACUUUGGGGAGCUGUUGCUUAGCAGCUAAUAAUAGGAGUUGUUUAGAGAGUAAUUUGCCUCUACCCCGGCCAAUGAGAAACUCCACACAUUUCCAUGGGCCCCCCCUCCUCCUUCCCUUCCUCUCUCUCUUUACAGGCUCAGUAGAGAGUCGCCUUAAGCACAGAUGCGGAGAGGCCGGACAGCGGAUCACACCGGGCAGAGCUGUGCCAUCAUCUUCCUCACUUCCAGGGUUAUUGUCACAUUGCCGUCUCUGGGACUAGAUCCUUCCUGCCUAUUGUGUCCACUCUUUGAUUUGCAUUGGAUUGGAGCUUGGAAGAAUGAAGGAGAAGACCUCCGGACCUAAGGAAUUGCCCACCUAGAUGGAAGCCCCUGCACCUCACCCAGCAGCCCCCUGGUCUUCCCCGUCCUCUUCCUCCUGACGGAUGCUGCUCCUUUGUGCAUGGAUUAUUUUGCGUUCAUUUAGUCAGUGAUUUGUGACAUAUCUGUCGGACGACCUUUUGAAACGCAAUAGCUGGCAACUUUUGAUACCCCUUCUGCUCGCUAUAGGAUACCAAUGGCCUCUGUACCCCCCUCCACGGGGGAAAGAGGCUUUACAGAUUUACCCCCGGGCUACAAAACUUCUUACCCGGCUCCGGGAUCGGAUCUGCUGCGGAGACCCAGUUACUGUCACGCUGCCUUUGCACUUAAACAGAUAUCUAAGGGUAAAGCGGUAGGUCAGAAGGCUCCGCUCUGGCUCCGCGCUCAGUUCCAGUCCCUGCUCUUCUCCUUGGGAUGCUCCAUCCAGCGGCACUGCGGGAAGGUGCUGUUCAUUGGCCUGCUGGUGUUCGGAGCGCUGGCCGUCGGCCUCCGAGUGGCUUCUAUUGAGACCGACAUUGAACGACUAUGGGUGGAAGCGGGAAGCCGAGUGAGCCAAGAACUCAGCUACACGAAAGAGAAGAUGGGCGAGGAGUCUGUCUACACCUCCCAAAUGCUCAUCCAGACCCCAAAGACAGAAGGCGAAAAUAUCCUGACCCAAGAGGCUCUAAUGCUGCACCUCAAUGCUGCGCUGGCUGCUAGCAAAGUGCAGGUCUCAAUGUAUGGAAAGUCGUGGGAUCUGAACAAGAUUUGCUACAAGUCCGGCGUCCCAAUAAUCGAGAACGGGAUGAUUGAGCGGAUGAUUGAGAAGCUUUUCCCCUGCGUCAUCAUCACUCCCUUGGACUGUUUUUGGGAAGGGUCGCAGCUGCAGGGAGGCUCCGCCUAUUUACCGGGAAGGAGAGAUAUUCAGUGGACAAACCUAGACCCCAUUAAGUUAAUGGAGGAGCUCAGCCAAUUCACCAGCCUUGACGGCUUCAAAGAGAUGCUGGACAAGGCCGAGGUGGGGCAGGCGUACAUGGAGCGGCCUUGUCUGGACCCCACAGAUUCCGAAUGUCCAGAAAGUUCCCCCAACAAGAAGUCACAGGAGAUCCCAGACAUUGUCGCCACCCUGAAGAAUGGCUGCCACGGCUUCUCUAAGAAGUUUAUGUACUGGCAGAAGGAGCUGAUUCUGGGCGGAAUGACAAAAGGAACCAGCGGAGAGUUAAAGAGUGCUGAAGCUCUGCAGACCAUGUACCUCCUGAUGAGUCCAGGGCAGCUGUACGAACACUUCAAAGAUGACUAUGAAAUCCAUGACAUCAACUGGAACGAAGAGAAGGCAGCCGCCAUCUUGGAGUCAUGGCAGCGAAAGUUUGUGGAGCAAGCGCAGCAGUCCAUCCCUCAGAACGCCUCGCAGGACAUCCACGCCUUCUCCACCACCACCCUGAACGAUAUCAUGAAGUCCUUCUCUGAUGUCAGUGCCAUCCGUGUGGCCGGUGGAUACCUGCUGAUGCUGGCUUAUGCCUGUGUCACAAUGCUGCGCUGGGAUUGUUCCAAGUCCCAAGGAGCUGUGGGUCUGGCUGGCGUCCUUCUUGUGGCUCUCUCUGUGGCAUCGGGGUUGGGACUUUGCUCCCUUCUUGGCAUCUCCUUCAACGCUGCAACAACCCAGGUACUGCCGUUUCUUGCACUGGGCAUAGGUGUGGACGACAUGUUCCUGCUGGCACACACGUUCACAGAGACCGGCCUGAGUACUCCAUCAAAGGAAAGGACGGGUGAAUGCCUGAGACGCACGGGCACAAGUGUGGCGCUUACUUCUAUCAAUAACAUGAUUGCUUUCUUCAUGGCCGCUUUGGUUCCUAUCCCAGCAUUGCGGGCAUUCUCCUUGCAGGCUGCGAUUGUAGUUGUGUUCAAUUUUGCGAUGGUUUUGCUCAUAUUUCCGGCCAUUUUGAGCUUGGAUCUCCAGCGUAGAAAGGAUCAGCGGCUGGACAUUCUCUGCUGCUUCUACAGCCCGUGUUCCUCCAGAGUGAUCCAGAUUCAACCUCAAGAAAUGGCUGACGCCAAUGACAAUCACACCUACCAUCCAUCGUCUUAUGGGAACCCCACUAUCACCACCAGCACCCAUAUCACCACCACCGUCCAGGCCUUCACCCAGUGUGACUCCUCCGGGCACCACGUGGUCACCAUCUUACCACCAACCUCCCAGAUCUCCACCUUGCCCUCUGUCAUUGUCCCCACUGUGGAUCCAUUGGGGUCUCAGGUCUUCAGUCCCUCCAGCUCCACUCGGGAUUUGCUGUCUCAGCUGAAUGAAACCAAAGGAAGUCGCGAGUGCGUCCCUCUUCCCUUCCUGAAGUGGAGCCUGUCGGAUUUUGCCCGCGAGAAGUACGCCCCGUUAUUGCUGAAGCCCGAAAUGAAGGGGAUCGUGGUUGCCCUCUUCAUGGCCCUUCUAGGCCUCGGCUUGUAUGGAACCACAAUGGUUCACGACGGUCUCUACCUCACAGACAUUGUUCCUCGGGAGACCAAGGAGUACAACUUUAUCUCAGCACAGUUCAAAUAUUUCUCCUUCUACAACAUGUUCAUUGUCACUAAGGGCGGCUUUGACUACCCCAAGGCUCAGGCGUCCUUGUAUGAACUUCACGAGUCCUUCGGAUCAGUCAAGUAUGUCGUCCGCGAGGAAGGAAGAGACUUACCCAAAAUGUGGCUGCAUUAUUUCCAGGACUGGCUGAGAGGCCUCCAGGAUUCUUUUGAUAAGGACUGGCAGUCCGGACACAUCACGCAGGACAAUUACCGUAACGGCACAGAAGACGCCAUCUUGGCCUAUAAACUCCUCAUCCAGACAGGGAACAAGAAGGAUCCCUUUAAUUUUGACCAGCUGACUAGUCGGCGACUGGUGGAUGAGAACGGUUUAAUUCCUCAGGAUGCUUUCUAUAUCUACCUAACCGUGUGGGUCAGCAAUGAUCCCCUGGGCUACGCCGCCUCACAGGCCAAUUUCUACCCUCAACCUCCAGAAUGGAUCCAUGACCGAUAUGACAACACUGGAGAAAAUCUAAGAAUUCCCUCGGCAGAGCCAAUUGAAUUCGCUCAGUUUCCCUUCUACCUGAACGGUCUGCGCCAGACGUCUGACUUUAUUGAAGCCAUUGAGAGCGUGCGCUCGGUCUGCAAGGAGUUUGUAGAGCAGGGGGUGUACAGCUACCCCAGCGGAUACCCCUUCCUCUUCUGGGAGCAGUAUAUCGGCCUGCGUCACUGGUUCCUCCUCGCCAUCAGCAUUGUCCUGGCGUGUACGUUUUUGGUGUGCGCUCUCCUCCUGCUCAAUCCGUGGACGGCCGGGAUAAUUGUUUUCAUCUUGGCUAUGAUGACGGUGGAGUUGUUUGGCAUCAUGGGACUGAUCGGCAUCAAGCUCAGCGCCAUCCCUGUGGUCAUCCUCAUCGCCUCUGUUGGCAUCGGAGUGGAGUUUACGGUCCACGUAGCUUUAGGAUUUCUCACAGCUAUUGGUGACCGGAACCAGCGCUCUAUACUUGCCCUAGAACAUAUGUUCGCCCCCGUUCUGGAUGGCGCCAUAUCCACUCUUCUCGGGGUGCUGAUGCUGGCAGGAUCCGAGUUUGACUUUAUUUUAAGGUAUUUCUUCGCUGUGCUCACAAUUCUCACCAUCUUGGGGCUGCUGAACGGCCUGGUGCUGCUCCCGGUGCUGCUGUCCCUGAUCGGACCCCCGGCUGAGGUGACUCCCGCAGACAACAGUAACUGCCUCCCGACACCCACACCGGAGCCGCCGCAUCUCAAUCACCACGCCUUCUACAUGCAGCGCAAAGUCGCGGGACGAGGGGGCUUCAGUGACCCCGAGGACUCCUCAGAAUAUUACUCCGAGACCACCGCCACCUCAGGAAUGGAGGAGGAUGAUCCGCAGCUCUAUGAGCGAAGCCCGUAUAUCAUCCCACCCAAACAUUCACACAUCCUCCUAGAAGCCAGCAAGAGCCCCUCGUACCCCAAAAUUAUGUUGGUAAAGCCCUGUAAGGGGGAAAGCCAAGGAGAAGCCCCUCAGGACAGCACCAACAGGACCGCGCCUGCCCAGGAUCCAAACAGGAACAACGGGCAAGAUACAAAGGACUCUCAGGAGCCGAAAGACUGGAGAAAGUUUCACCAGGGGUCUGCGUGGGCCAAGCAGCCCCCCAGCUCCAGGACUCAGUACAGUAGUAGGCCUCAGGGCCACAGAACUACUCCUCCAGUCUACUGUACACAGAUGACGGGCCCCAGCGGCUCCAUCACCACUGUGACCGCCACAGCCUCAGUGACUGUCGCCGUACAUCCAAACCUGCCAGGAGCCGUGCGGACUUACAGCCACGAGGGCUACGAGGACAAUGAUGUGGACUGUACAGAGUACAGGCCCAAAUGGGCCAGGAGUAAAAACCCACACCCGGAGGUGUUCGAGCUGGAAGAUCUGGAGCAGAACCGAAGCGCAGAGAGAACAUCUGUACACUAGGGAUCGUCUGCCAUGAUCUCCGGGUCACCGCAUCAUUGUACAGAAGCCGAGAUACUAAUAAUAUAAUACGAUGAAAUCUACAAGUAUUAGAGACUGCGACCGUAAUACGGAAACCUCUAUUUAAUAAGCUGAUAACGUACUGUAGGGAGGGGGGGGGAGACCCGAAACCUUACCCCCUCCCCCAUCUACCCCCUUCUAUGUCUCCUCCCAAUCAGAACCCCCCCCCAGUUUUGCUGCUAUCUUUUAACUCCUCUGUUGCUGGAGUCUUGUUGCCGUUUUCACUUCGGGAAAUUGGGAGAAAAUGUUACAAGAAAAAACAAACAAAAAAACAAAGAAAAAAUAAACAAGAAAACAAGGCACUUUCCUUCCCCGAGCGACUGCUGUGAAUGCUGCGAUGUCGCUACUUUGUAUCAGGAUCUUUGGAUACAUUGUAUCAUCCUGCAUCUAUGCAAUUCUCCCCGCACUGAUACAUUGUGUCCUUCUUGGUUACAAUGUAUCAGAGGUGAAUGAAAAUAUUUCGGAGCUUUAAAGCGUAUUACCUCUAUAGGGAGCCGGGAUCGGUGGGAGGUACAACCUGCCUCACGCCCCAACUGUGCCUCCCAGUGGGCUUCAUUUCUACCCCAAUGGACGCCCCCUCUGGAUCAGCAUCAUGUGACCCCCCCCCCCCCUACCUCCAACAAUGUCCAGACCUAGAGCUCUUCUACCCCCACCCCGACCCCCAAACUCGUAGCACUGCAAACUCUCUCUUACUACACGACUAAUGGACCUCUGCAUUAACCGUCACUGCCAGAAUGUUGUCCAGCACUGAAGUGGUUAAUCCCCACUUUGUCUUUGCUGUGAAUAAUAGAACUGAUAUAAAUGUCUCUAUAUCAGUGUUUCCCAACCAGUGUGCCUCCAGCUGUUGCAAAACUACAUCUCCCAGCAUGCCCGGACAGCCAAAGGCUGUCCGGGCAUGUUUGGGAGAUGUAGUCUUGCAACAGCUGGAGGCACACUGAUUGGGAAACACUGUUCUAUAUAAAGAUAUAGGAUUCUAUAUAUAUAUAUAUAUCUAUAUAUAUGGCCUGUCCUUUAUAGGACAUCGAUAUAUUGGUCCCGCUUCAGGGACCGCGCUAGUAUUCUGGUGUUUGUUAAUUAAUAUAAUAAUUAUUAUUGUUAUUAUUAGCGUGGUGUAUAUAAGAUGUGAACGGCAGCUUCUCUAACAAAUAUAUAUAUAUAAGUAUUAACCCUCGCCUCGCUGCCGCCCCCUGCAGCAGCGACAAGUAGGGUCUAAGUGUUUGUGUCUGUUCUGUGGACUGAAGCUCAGUACAAGGUGUCACUGCGCCAAAUCUAAAUUAUUUAUAUUAAAUGGAAACAAAGGUUUAUUUUUGUAGAUUGUACAGAAGUCGUAGCCGCCGACCGAAGUCUAUUUUU